AUGAGUUUGUUUUCUUUAAUUUCUCGUACGAAUUUUCCACGCAAGUCAUCCACCCCCCAAUGCUUCUUACUUCCCAAAGCUGCCACCAACACCAAGAUAGAGACUUUCCAUGCUUCUUCCUUUCAGUGGUGCCUAAACCAACCCAAAAACCAAUCCCAUUUUAUUUUUUAUUCCCAUCUAUUCAAUUCACCAAUUCAUUCUUUUUCUCACGCCCUCUGCCUCUGGAAAGUAAAGGUCUAUGUUGGUGCAGGAGGACUUGGUAUUAUGGCCACUCUACCCACUGCUGAGCUAAGUGAUGCAAAUGCAACGCAUGUUGCAAACGGUGAUGUGAGGGUGCUGCAUCCGGUGUUCAAGAUCUAUGGUCAGGCCACAUCGUUCUCAGGUCCCAUUGUAACUGUGAAAGUCUUUGAAGACAACGUGUUGGUGAGGGAGCUUCUUGAGACGCAAGGGGAAGGAAGAGUAUUGGUUGUUGAUGGAGGGGGGAGCUUGAGGUGUGCUUUGCUGGGAGGGAAUUUGGCACAGAUAGCACAUAACAUGGGGUGGGCUGGAAUUGUGGUGAACGGCUGCGUUAGAGAUGUGGAUGAGAUCAAUGAAUGUAGCAUUGGCGUCAGAGCCUUGGCUUCUAAUCCACUCAGAUCUAACAAAAAACGCACUGGGGAAAAGAAUGUCCCUGUUUACGUUGGGGGAACAUUUAUUCGGGAGGGAGAAUGGUUGUAUGCAGAUAAUGACGGCAUUCUCAUAUCAAAAUUUGAGUUGUCAAGCUAA